AUGGACAGUGGCGCGUCAGCACACAUGUGCAAGGAUCGAGAUGCGUUCGAAGAGUACGAAGAAGUGCAUCACGCGCGAAGCAUUUCAAGCGCAAAGAGCGACGUGAAGCUGAAUGUCAUUGGACAUGGGACAGUGAAGCUGCGCGUCUGGACAGGGCAUGCGUGGAUCGACGCUCGCCUUGAGAACACACUUCACGUUCAAGAUUUGUCCAAGAACCUGUUUUCGCUCACGGCUACGGCAGCGCGCGGCAUGACAGUGGAGAUUACGCGCAACGCGUGCGUGGUGAAGCGUGGCGUCAAACCCGUCGCAACAGGAAGGAAGAAGGGGUUCCUACUGUAUCUAAACGCUGACUAUGGUAUGGAAUGCCACAUGGCUGAAGACGAUGCAGAGCUGUGGCAUAGAAGAUUGGGCCACGUGUCGUAUGGUACGCUGAAUGCCAUGGUCAAGGACGGAAGGAUCAAGGGCGCAACGAUGAAGACGAACGUUGCGUGUGACGUAUGCGCAACGUCAAAGCAAGUGCGCAAGUCAUUCAAGACAAGUGAAGAAGACGCUGAAACCAGUGAGAGUUUGCGUUCCGACGUGGUGGUGUGCUCCGACGUUCUCGGUCCUAUCACACCAGCGUCCAAGUCUGGUUUCAGUUACGCCGUAACCUUCAUCAUGAUGAAGAGCAGGUAUGUAACGGUCUAUCCGUUGCGAAAGAAUAGCAACGUUCCGAGUGCGUUCAAGCGGUUUUACCAAGAUGUCAAGACAGCAUCUGGAACGAAGAUAAAGGUGUUGCGGAGUGACAACGGCGGUGAAUACCGGAACGCAACGAUGAACAACUUUUGCAAGGCAAAGUUCAUCAAGCAAGAGUUCACGGUUCCGUACAAUCCAGAGCAGAACGGGAUGGCGGAGCGGAUGAACCGCACGCUGGUGGAGAUGACGCGCUGUAUGCUCAAGGAAAGCGGUCUCGAAAAGUCGUACUGGUGCGAGGCACUAAUGACAGCGGCAGACAUCAAAAACAUUCUGCCGAACGCGUCGAACAAGAGCUCAAGCCCACACGAGAUGGUGUUCAAGAAGGUUCCGCGCAUCGAUCACAUGCGCGUGUUUGGUGCGCAAUGCUAUGCGCAUGUGGCGAAGGAGAAGAGGAAGAAGCUGGACGACUCAGGCCUGCGAUGUUUCUUUCUCGGCUAUGCGAAGGACCAAAAGGCGUAUCGGCUUCUUGACGCGGACGUUGGCUCAAUCGUGAUUUCAAGAAGCGUCACGUUCGCUGAGAAUUCUGUCUCGAAAAAAUCGAUAAGCAGAGACACGCGGGUGUUCGAUGUCAUUGAAGAAGAGGAAAGUGUGGAGGCGUCGCUACCCGAUGAUGAAGACAAACCAGCGCCGGUGACCGAAGAAGAGCUACGCACCCCACCACUUCGAGCGCAGAACAGCUCUCAUCCCGGACCAAGUGAUCGACCAAGCGACACCAUUCCUACGCGCGCAUCCAGCACACCCGGAAGAAAUGGAGAAGAAGAGUGGAUGGUGCGACCGGUUCGGAAGAAGCGCGGCGUGGUUCGCUACGAACAAGAAUUUCCAAGCCAUCGUCGCGGUCACUUCCAUUUGGACGACUACGAAGGUGACUUCGACUCUUUCUACUGUUUCUCGGCUGAAGAAGAUGGGGAACAAGCGUCCAGCUAUCAAGAAGUAAUGAAGAGCAGCUACAAGGAGCAGUGGCUACAGGCAAUGAAGAGCGAGAUGAAGUCGCUUGAAGAACACAGCACAUGGAAGCUUGUGGACAUGCCACCGGGCAAGAAGGCCUUAGGCUGCAAGUGGGUCUUCAAGAUCAAACGCGAUCCAAGUGGGGAGAUCAUCAAGUUCAAGGCACGCUUGGUUGUUAAAUGGUUCACGCAGCGUCCUGGUAUCAACUACAACGAGACCUUUGCACCAGUGGCGCGCAAGGAAUCUAUCAACACAGUGUUGGCGAUCGCUGCAGCUGAAGACCUGGAAGCAGAAAACGUUGAUGUUGACACAGCGUUUCUCUAUGGCGAAGUGGAAGAGGAGAUCUACAUGGACCAACCUGACGGUUUUGAAGAUGAAGGAAGCCCGAAUAAGAAGUGUUUGCUGCAGAAGGCGCUAUACGGGACGAAGCAAGCGGCGCGGCAGUGGAACAACAAGUUGAGUCAGCACUUGGUUGAUCAAGGAUUCAAGAGCAGUACAGCGGACCCGUGUGUGUUCGUUCGAGUGAAAAGAGAGGAGUACAGCAUCAUCGUGAUUUACGUGGACGACUUGAUGAUUUUCUGCAAGACGAAGGAGCACAUCGCAGGUAUCAAGAACUCAUUGAUGGAAGAUUUCAGCAAUAAAGAUCUUGGAGAUCUCAAGUACUGCCUCGGGAUCGAGAUUCAUCGCAAGCGCGAAGAUGGAACGAUCAAGAUGAACCAGAAGGCGUACAUCAAGCGACUUUCGGAGAAGUUCGGCGUUGAAAACUGCAAGGACGUGCACACGCCGGCGGACAGUAACUCGAAGCUGAUCAAGAUAGGUCAAGAGGAAGCGUUUGUACCAAAGUACCCAUACCGUGAGCUGGUUGGCGAAGUUGCGAAGUUUUGCGAGCGCUACGACAAGUCGCAUUGGACAGCAGCAAAGCGGAUUCUCAAGCAUCUCAAGACGACUCAAGACUUAAGCAUCGUUUUCAGCGGCAUCAACAAGGGAGAGCUGAUCGGAUUCGCGGAUGCCAACUGGGCUGGCGACCUCGACACGCGGCGUUCGACAACAGGAUACGUUUUCUUCCUGUACGGAAGCGUGAUAUCGUGGAAUUCGAAGCGUCAACCAACGGUCGCGACCUCAAGUACGGAAGCAGAGUACAUGAGUCUGUACAGCGCGACGCAGGAAGCAAUUUGGCUUCGAGGUCUGCUCAAGGACCUAAACUACUGUGCCAAGAACGCGACGACGAUUUUUCAAGACAAUCAAGGUUGCAUCGCGCUGGCCAAGAAUCUUGUGUACCACUCGCGCACGAAGCACAUCGACAUCAAGUUUCACUUUUUGCGGGAAAAGGUUGCAAGUGCAGUGAUCGCGCUCGAGCUCAAGCCGACAGAAGAAAUGGUCGCGGAUGGAUUCACCAAGGCACAUCCAAGAGACAAGCACGGGAAGUUCAUCACGGGUCUGUGCAUGGCGGUGUAG